AUGGCAGAGGAUGAGAAAAACGACCAGGAGGACAAAAAUGCAUUUUUGGCAUGGAAAUUCAGAGAACAUUUUACCUACAAACCUGGUCAAGAAGGCCGCAACAUCACAGUGCAGUGCAAGCUUUGCUCACCGUCAACGAAGCUGCUUUCAGCAUCGUGGGACUCCACGUCUAAUUUGAAGAAGCAUCUUGAGAGAAAGCACCCCAUAGCCAUGCAGAGGACAGCAGCUAAAAGGACUGAGAAAAUGAUGACUGCUGAUGACGGUGACAAAUGCAGCGCCAUUACCAUAGAGGAUGCAGACUUCCGUAAGCUGAUAGAAGGAAUCAGUGGUGGGAAAACGCCCAUGUGCAGGAAGACUCUGAUGCAGCGCAUCAACAAAGCGUUCCAGAGCAUGAAAGGGUCAAUAACCAGAAAACUCCAUGGGAUUCAUACAGUAUGCACGACAGCAGAUAUAUGGACUGCCCACCAUAGGAGUUAUUUAGGGAUCACUUGUCACUGGAUUGAGCCAGAGACAUUGGAGAGGAAAUCAGCAGCGCUGGCAUGUGAAAGAAUAAGAGGACGCCACACAUACGAUGUCAUUGCAACAAAAAUUAGCGAGAUACAUGGUGCGUUUCAAAUCCAGGGCAAAGUCACAGCAACAGUGACUGACAAUGGAAGCAAUUUUGUCAAAGCUUUCAGAGAACAUGGAGCAUCGGAUGUAGAAGAGGACACAGAUGAUGUGCAAUUUGCAGAUGUUGCUGCAAUUCUUGACGAGGUCCAGGAGGAGCAAGAUGAGAACUUUUAUUUACCCCCACACCAGCAAUGCGCAGCUCACACUCUUAACCUGAUCGCCACAAAUGAUCUGGAUAAGGCUGCAUCACAAGGUCCCACACGGAAACUGUACAGAAGUGCCACGUCAAAAUGUUCUGCCAUUUGGAACAAAGCUCACCGCUCACCAGGUGCAGCUGAAGUGAUUGAAGACAUUGCCAACAUGAGGUGUGUUGUCCCCUCCGUGACCAGAUGUAGCUCAGAGUAUCAAGCUAUUGAAAAGGUAAUGAGUCUCACCGAAGCCCAGCUCAUUGAAGUCUGUGACCGUCUCAAUGUGGCCAAACUACACCCUCAAGAGGUUGUGUUUUUGAAGGAGUACACUGCAGUUCUGAAACCACUCACCCAGUCAAUCGACCUUCUCCAGGGCGAAAAGAACUGUUUCCUUGGCUUUUUGAUACCCACAAUUCUCAGCCUGAAGGGAAAAUUAAUGGAGAAAGUUACACAGUAUUUAUUUUAUAAGCAGACUGUAAUAUAUCACUGUGAUGGCUACUUUGACUACUGGGGAAGAGGGACCCAAGUCACAGUAACUUCUGCCACUUCAUCCAAACCAACCGUGUUUCCUCUGAUGCAAUGCGGGUCUCAGACUGGAAACACCGUCACUCUUGGCUGCCUUGCCACCGGCUUCUCGCCCUCCUCGGUGACCUACGCGUGGAGCAAAGCUGGAACUGCCUUUACGGACUUCAUCCAGUAUCCUCCAGUAGAGAAGAGUGGUGUUUAUACAGGAAUCAGUCAAAUCAAAGUGAACAAGGAGGACUUGGACGCAAAGCAGCCCUUUAAAUGCAUCGCAUCAAACAUAGCAGGAAACGGAGAGGGGACUUUCAUCGUGACAACGCCGAUUUAUAAGGAGCCAACUCUUAAAGUGUUUUCCUCAUAUGAUGGGGAAGAGGAGGUUUCCUUCUCAUGCUUUGCCAAAGAUUUUGCACCAAAGCAGUACGAGUUCAAAUGGCUGAAAAACGAUGGGGUAAUCCCCCACGACACAUAUGUGGACCAAACUCCUGCCAAAGAAAAAAAGACAGAGAAUGGAACUCUGUACAGUGCAGCAAGUUUCCUCACAGUACCAGCCAGCGAGUGGACUCAAGACACCAAGUAUGUAUGCGAGUUUAAGGGGAAAGGUUUGAAAGGUCCAGUGUACAAGAAUGCUUCUGUGAGCAACGAUAUGAACGAUGGGAGCAACGGGGGAACUGGUAUUACAUGUGAGUCCCGGAUGUUCUGUGGAGGACUGACUCAGCGUCCAUCAGUGUUUAUGCUGCCUCCGUUAGAACAUACUAGAAAAGAAAUGGUGACCUUGUCUUGCUAUGUGAAAGACUUCUACCCCAAGGAGGUUUAUGUGUCUUGGCUUGUUGAUGACGAGAAAGCAGACUCAAAGUUCGGGUUCCAUACCACAGAACCUGUAGAAAACCAAGGAUCUUAUUCGGCAUAUAGCCAGCUAUCCCUCAGCUUCGAGCAGUGGAACAAGAGUGAUGCAGUGUUUAGUUGUGUAGUAUACCACGAGUCUCUGACUAACACAACUAAUGCUAUUGUCAGGUCCAUUGGGUCCAAAACCUCUCAAAACAUCAACCUGGUCAACCUCAACAUGAACAUCCCUGAAACGUACUUCACACAAUGGAGCGACGCUUUGGAGGCAGAAAAAGAUAACAUGGCCGAACCUGCCCUCACCUUCAUCCUUCUCUUCCUCAUUACUCUGCUUUUCACCAUUGCAACCACUGCUUUCAAGAUUAUCUUCUGUACUACAGAACCGCUGGUUGUAUCUCCAAACAUCACAUUACAACCUGUCUGGGAAGGUGAAUUCAAAGCCUUAGGGGUCAGACUCAUCUGCACCUUGAGUGGAUUCUUUCCAGAUAAACUGAGUGUGGAGUGGAAGCUGGACAACAACCCUCUAGUGAUUAAUCCAAUCGAAAGGAAGCUGCAGACCGUGGAGGGAGUGAAAAAAACAUUUAGUUUUAGCAGUGAGAUUGAGCCAAACAGCAAGGAGUGGGCAAAAGGCUCAAGCUAUACAUGCAAGGCGAUUCACAACAACAUUGAAUUUACAAAGACAAUUAGUGUCUGUCAAAUCGUUCCAAGCACCACUCCUGCCAUGCAUUUACAAACCCCGAGCUUCAAGACGGUAAUGGAGGCAAAGUCAGACAUUGAGGCAACAUGUUCAGUCUGCACUAUUUUUGAUGCCACUGUGACAUGGAGGCUGGAUGAUGACUCUCCCUCCAAAGAACACAUCAACCAGGUCACUAAUGCAAGUCAUAUAAUAAGCACUCUGACAGUUUCAUCAAGCAGCUGGCAAAGACUGAAGAAUCUAAAAUGUAAGGCUGAACAUCACUGCUUCUCUUCUACUGAAGUUACAUUUGUUCCAGGGCCUGCAGUAAGACCUCCAUUGAUUCAGAUCAGAAGAUCUCUCCCACAUUUGCUGAAGGGAGACAGUGCUGUGCUGGAGUGUGACAUCACACAGUCCGACUCCAGGGAUCUAUCUGUCACCUUACAGACUAAUACGAAUGCUAUUAUUGGCAAACAGUUUGUUGAUCUUCCUCAAACCCCAGGACCACAUUCAAUCAGUAGAUUCUUCUCUGUGCCUCAAAAUCACUGGAAGAAAAACACAAGUUUCUACUGCAGAGUAAGCCAAGGUUUCUCUGGCAGUUCUACAUCAAACUCUACUGGCAUUAUCUUUGUGGAUCCAUCAGUGGAGCUCCUUCUGGUCCCAGGUGAAGAGUCUGGACAACAGAGACUGUCGUGCUCUGGAUGGGGCUUUGACCCUCAAAUCAAAUGGUCUUCUGAGUCCCAGCAAAAAUCUCCUUCGACCUAUGACAUCAGCAUGGGUGCAGGUGGACGUGUGGCAGUAACCAGUCAACUUCUUGUCCCUCAAGAAGAGUGGAAAACGGGGAAAAACUUCACCUGUGAAGUCUCUGACAGAAUUCUGAAGAAAGAUGUUCAACAGGAGAUCAGCCUCUGUUCAGUUACUCCCGCAUCAUCUCAAUCAGUUGGGGUCUAUAUUCAGGGACCACCACUCCAGGAGAAUCAGAACACGGGACAAGUGACUGUCACCUGCCUUUUGGUUGGCCCUCUUCUAAAAGAUAUUUCCAUCAACUGGAAAGUAGAUGGAAACACAUAUACCCAUCAUGCCCAUAUAGAGCCACCAGUGAGUCUCGGCAACGGUACAGAAACUUUGCGGAGCUUCCUUAACGUGUCAGCAGAGGACUGGAACUCUUAUAAAAACGUGUCAUGUGAGGGAAAGCAUCCAUGUUCCAAACAGAGCUACAAGGACCAUAUAAAGAAAUGCAAAGACACCAGUCCACCAACAGUGAAGAUUAUACAACCAAGUGCCUCUCAGGCUUCCACAUCACACUUCCUCACACUUACUUGCCUGGUGUCAGAAUUUUUCCCAUCCAACAUAAUAGUGUACUGGAAAAAAGAUGGCCAGAGACUCCCUUCAACUGGCUACACUAACAGUCCUGCAUGGAAGUACACCGGGAGCAGCACUUAUUCAAUGAGCAGCAGACUAAAUAUAACCAAAACUGUGCACGAGGAGUCCACAUAUUCUUGCGUUGUCAGACAUGAGUCAUCCGAAAUGCCCCUUGAAAGCAGUAUAAAGGAUGUGUUUGACGUAUUGGAGAGCUGUGAUUUUUUGGAUAAUAUUAUGUAUGCUGAAAGGAUCCAAGACAAAGAUGAGGAAGGCUGGUUUAUGGCUUUCACAUUUCUCGUUUUUUUCCUCAUUUCCAUCGUCUAUGGUGUCUUUGCAACCCUGUUUAAGACUAAAUGAUGGCGAUCACAGGAACAGAUCAACUUUCAAGAUCAAAAAGUGAACUUCUGGAGAUUUUUGAUUGUAUCUGGUCUUGUUAAUCUUUAAAUGGGAUAAGAAAUGCUCCCAUCAUUAUGUUCCUUUCCACUGUUUUACAUCUUGUUACUUUUCUACAUGCCAAUUCUUUUGAGAUUAUGCUACCAAUGUCAUGAAAACAAAUCCUGUAUCAUUUGUGCAUUGAGAAAAUAAAUAUUCAUAAAUUGGAAACAAA